AUGCCAUGUUUAAAUGAUUGUUCGCAAGUUGGUAUAUGUUCAUUUAAUGAUACAUGUAUAUGCUCACCAUGUUAUACUGGCAAUAGUUGUGAGAUAAAUACUAAUGUAAUACAAUUUUCAUUGACAUUUACAAUGCAAUGGGAUAUUCGACAAGCAUCAUUACAUUCAAAUUUUAAUACACCAGGAAUUAUUUAUACAACUAUCAUUGCUCUAAUGUUAUUCAUGGCUGUUAUAAAUAACAUAGUAUGUUUACAAACUUUUCUUUUACAAGAUAUACGUUUAACUAAUUGUGGUAUGUUACAAAUAUUUUAUUGCAUAUCAGGUUUAAUUGCCAUAGUUGGUAUGCAAUUGAGAAUGUUAACUAUGUUAAUAUUUGAUGAAUUAAUACAAGCUUAUCCUUAUCGAUAUGCAGCAUGUAAUAUAAUUCCUGUUAUUGUUAUACUAAUGGGUACUGUCUGUAUGUGGUUGAGCUCAAUAUUAAUAAUAGAGUUUGUUCUUUUGGAAUGUUUUAAUUUAAGUUUAUAUCGAUCUCGACGGUUUUCUGUUAUAUCAUCAAUCAUUUGUCUUUUAUUAACAAUUGGUACACAUAUGCAUGAAAUAAUUGCCCGACAUCCAUUACCUGAUCCAAUGCAUCCUGAUUCAUAUUCAUGUACAUUUGCUUAUCCAUUACCAUUAGAUAUAAUUGAUAAAAUUCUUCGUGUAUGUCAUAUUAUUAUUCCACUUGGAAUACAGUUUAUUGGUAGUAUUUGUAUACUUAUUAGUAUAACACGACGUACUUUACUUGUUCGUGAUCGUUAUGAUUAUUGUCAAGUAUUUAUAAGUGAAUUUAUAAAACGUAAACAUUUCUUUGUUCCACAAUUAUUUAUUAUUUUAUCAAAUCUUCCUCAUUUAAUUCUUCAUUUAAAAGAUCCAUGUGAAGAUGCUCCAGAUAUACCACUUUUACGAAUACAUGUUGCUUUUAAUAUUCUUGUUUAUUUACCACCAUCAAUGACAUUUUUUAUCUAUAUAUUUCCAUCAAAAAGUUAUAUGCAUAAAUUUGAGAAAACAUUUUUGGGACGUUUGUUUAAACGAAUAUUUCAAAGAAAUAAAGAGAAAAAACCAUAUGAAUGGAAUCAAUUAAUAAUGAUAUAUCGUACGAAAUUUAUUACAUUAGUAUCCCACACAAAACAAACAAUAAAAACUAAUAUUUUAUGUUAA